AAGAGUGAAUCAAGGAAGCAAAGAGGCUUGAUUAAUUUCCUAAGAGGAGGAGGAGGAGGAGGAAGGCUGGAUCGUGGCCAAUCGCGAGAGAAAGGAAGACGGGCAGCAGUGGGGGGUCUGGUGACCUUUGAGGAAGAGGAGGAGGAGGCAGCAGCUGUGCAUUUCACGGAGGAGGAGUGGAUCUCCUGGAUCCGGGCCAAAGCACUCCGCACAGGGAAGCCAUGGAGGAGAAUUAUGAGAUUGGAGCCUCUUUCAAAUCGGAGCUCAAUUCCUGUUUGGAAGACGGAGAGGAUCUUCUUCUUCAGGUUCCCAAAGAGGAGGAGACCUCAGCAGAACGAGACCUCGCUUCCUGUAAGGAAGAAGGAGAAAGUCUGUUUAUCCAGGUCCCCAAAGAAGAGGAGGAGGAGACCUCAGCAGAGCUAGGCUUCAUUUCCUGUUGGGAAAGAGGAGGAGGAGGAGAAGAUCCACUUAUCCAGGGUCUCAAAGAAGAGGAGGCGGAGACAUCAGCAGAACCAGACCUCAUUUCCUGUUGGGAAGGAGGAGAAGAUCCGGUGAUGCAGGAACCCAAAGAAGAGGAGGAGACCUCAGCAGGAUACAUCUGGGGGUCCAAGGCUGAGGGAGAACCAUCUGAAGUAUCACUGGAAAAAGCUGAGGAGCAGAUGCAGGAGCAGAAACUGAGGAGUCAAGAUGGAGCAAAGGGACAGGAGGAGAGACAGACGCACACAGGGGACAAACCUCAUAAGUGCUUGGAGUGUGGAAAGAGCUUCAGAUGGAGUAACGCCCUUACUUCGCAUCAAAGAGUUCACACAGGGGACAAACCUUAUAAAUGCUUUGAGUGUGGAAAGAGCUUCAGCUGGAGUAGCAACCUUACUUCGCAUCAAAGAAGUCACACAGGAGACAAACCUUACAAAUGUUUGGAGUGUGGAAAGAGCUUCAGUGACAAGAGCACCCUUAGUAAACAUGAAAGAAUUCACACAGGAGACAAACCUUAUAAAUGCUUGGAGUGUGGAAAGAGCUUCAGUCGGAGUGACAACCUUACUUCGCAUCAAAGAACUCACACAGGGGACAAACCUUAUACAUGCUUCAAGUGUGGAAAGAGCUUCAGUUACAGUAGCCACCUUACUUCGCAUCAAAGAAGUCACACAGGAGACAAACCUUACAAAUGUUUGGAGUGUGGAAAGACCUUCAGUGACAGUAGUGCCUUUAGUACACAUGAAAGAAUUCACACAGGGGACAAACCUUACAAAUGCUUGGAGUGUGGAAAGAGCUUCAGUCAGAGUGGCCACCUUACUUUGCAUCAAAGAAUUCACACAGGGGACAAACCUUAUAAAUGUCUGGAGUGUGGAAAGGGCUUCAGUCGGAGUGACACCCUUACUUUGCAUCAAAAUAGUCACACAGGAGACAAACCUUAUCAAUGCUUGGAGUGUGGAAAGAGCUUCAGUCGGAGUAGCAGACUUAUUUCGCAUCAGAGAACUCACACAGGAGACAAACCUUAUAAAUGCUUCGAGUGUGGAAAGAGCUUCAGGUGGAGUAGCGCCCUUACUUUGCAUCAAAGAACUCACACGGGACAAACCUUAUAAAUGCUUGAAGCGUGGAAAGAGCUUAAGUCGGAGUGACCACCUUACUUUGCAUCAAAGAACUCACACGGGACAAACCUCAUAGAUGCUUGGAGUGUGAAAAGAGCUUCAGUCGGAGUGACCACCUUACUUCGCAUCAAAGAAGUCACACAGGAGACAAACCUUACAAAUGUUUGGAGUGUGGAAAGAGCUUCAUUAAGAGUGGCCACCUUACUUCGCAUCAAAGAAUUCACACAGGGGACAAACCUUAUCAAUGCUUGGAGUGUGGAAAGAGCUUCAGUCAGAGUUGCAGCCUUACUGUUCAUCAAAGAACUCACACAGGAGACAAACCUUAUAAAUGCUUCGAGUGUGGAAAGAGCUUCAGGUGGAGUAGCGCCCUUACUUUGCAUCAAAGAACUCACACGGGACAAACCUUAUAAAUGCUUGAAGCGUGGAAAGAGCUUAAGUCGGAGUGACCACCUUACUUUGCAUCAAAGAACUCACACGGGACAAACCUCAUAGAUGCUUGGAGUGUGAAAAGAGCUUCAGUCGGAGUGACCACCUUACUUCGCAUCAAAGAAGUCACACAGGAGACAAACCUUACAAAUGUUUGGAGUGUGGAAAGAGCUUCAUUAAGAGUGGCCACCUUACUUCGCAUCAAAGAAUUCACACAGGGGACAAACCUUAUCAAUGCUUCGAGUGUGCAAAGAGCUUCAGUUGGGGUAGCACCUUUACUUCACAUCAAAGAACUCACUCGGGACAAACCUUAUCAAUGCUUGGAGUGUGGAAAGAGCUUCAGUGAGAGUAGCCACCUUACUGUGCAUCAAAGAACUCACACAGGAGACAAACCUUAUAAAUGCUUGGAGUGUGGAAAGACCUUUCAUCAGAAUGGCUACCUUCAGGUGCAUCAAAGGAUCUGUACAAGGGAAGAGAUUUAUCAAUGCUUUGAAAAGUUUGUUGUUGUUAUGUGACUUCAAGUUGAUUAAGACUUAUGGCGACCCUAUGAAUCAGUGACCUCCAAGAGCAUCUGUCAUGAACCUCCCUGUUCAGAUCUUGUAAGUUCAGGUCUGUGGCUUCCUUGAUGGAGUCAAUCCAUCUCUUGUUUGGCCUUCCUCUUUUUAUACUCCCUUCUGUUUUUCCCAGCAUUAUUGUUUUUUUCUAGUGAAUCGAGUUCCAAGGGCCAGAUAGAAAGGUCUGGAGGUCCACAUUUGCCCCGCCCUCGGGGCCAGAUGUUCCGCAUCCCUGGGUUGAAGGCUAACAUCCAGUCCUCACGCAUGACUAUGUUCUCUGUUGUUUCAAGAGGCAGCUCAGGCCCUGCCCGGGGGAUUGAAAGUACACUAUUUCUAGAAGAGAUGUACAAAUAAGUAUAAAGCAGGCAGGUAUAACUGUCAAUCAACCAAAAAAGGGACAUCCCCUCAUUUCCUCCCCCGCCCUCAAGAAAGGUAAUGAAAGGCAAGCAAGGGAUGGUUCUUGCGGGAGGGUGCAGUGUAGCAGGAUAUUCUCGUACCAUCCUUCUGGAAAGUCUGCAUCCUCUGAGCAUGGAAAGAUGGUCUCCCACAGGGAGAAUGAUGGGAUGCCCAUAGAGCAGCCAAGUCUAACUGAUGAGGGCUGCAGGCGGGGGGGGGAGGAGAGAGAGAGAGAGAGAUCACUAUGGGGAGGGGGAAUUAAUCCCAGGCAGGGUUUGGGUCCAUCACCUUGGAUAUGGGGCCAAUUUGAAAUACCAAGGCAGUUGGGGGGAAACAGCACCUUCCCUGUGCGUUCAUUCAGGAGAGGCUUGGCUCUGAACCGGUACCUUGGCCACUGACCACGACUACUAUGUGAAUUGGGGAUUUUGCCUAAAGGCUCCAGGGCAAGGAGUGUCUCUUUGGCUCUUGCUGUCUGUAAUCCUUGGCAAGUUUUCUGGGCUCUGAGUUUCCCUUUGGCUCAGGAUGGUUAACCAGUCUAAGGGGUGGUGGCACUCUACCUUAUACUGCCAUUAUAAAUUGUUUUUAUAUUGUUUUAAAUUUUAAAAUUGUGCUUCAAAUUGUUUUUUAAAAUAUGUGUUUUAAAUUGUAUAUUUGUUUUAAUGUUUUU